AUGCCUGACGAAAUGCAAAAGGAAUAUGAGGAAACGCUUAGCACAGGAGGAAUUUCUGCUUUGGAGAAGAAGAUCAGCUCAGAGUUGAACCUUUGGCAAAAUAUUGCGAUACGGUUUGCUAUCAUUGGUGAAUCAGGAUCAGGCAAGUCCUCCUUUAUAAAUGCAAUGCUUGAACUUAGUGGGGACGAUCCUACAGCGGCCAAGGUAGGCUGUAACGAGUGGACGAUAGGUUGCAAAGAAUUCCAACACCCUGAAAAGAAGACAUUAUUGUUUUAUGAUCUUCCUGGUUUUGGAACCCCAAACUUUCCGAAAGAAUCUUAUCUGGAACUGGAAGCUGUGCAGUUUGAGAGUUUCGACUUCUUCAUAUUGAUAACGCAGUGUCGUUUUAAAAAAAAUGACCUAUGGCUGGUUAGAGAGAUUGAAAAACGUAAAAAGCAUUUCUGUUUCAUCAGAACCAAAAUAGACGUUGACAUAAGCUCUGACUAA